AUGGAGGAACCGGACUGUAUAUAUGGUAUGAUAUUUUUAACAAACCGUAGAGUUAUACUAGUACUCUUGCUUCAUAACAAGGGCACUGUUGGUCUCCUACUACUGACUAACCAGGUAAUCGGCUCCUGCCUACUAUUAUACUAUUAUUGAGAGAUUCCCAGAGAUUGCCAUAAUUCCAACAACUUGGUGGAAGUCGUUUCUACCACGUGGAUGUUUUGAUCCACAGUCAACUCCCCCUAAGACGAAAGUCAUUGCAUGUUGCGAACGGCCCAUGACUUGAACUGUCUUGUAAUAAAGAAAAGAAUAAUGGUGUCCGUCUUAGAGAUAGUUGACCACUAAGUUACUGAUUUUCUUUUUAUAAUCUGUCAGUCUUGUUCAGUUAAAUCAACUAUCGCCAUUGAUGUUUCAGAUGAGGUCAGGCAGCUUGUAGCAGUAUCGCCAGAAAAGUCACAAUAUGAUGUAAGAAUUUUACUGUUGUAUUACGCCGAAAAGAAGAACUGUUCUUUUUCAGAUGUAUUGACUCACUAAAGGCAUUUGUACCAACCCCCCGAUCGUAAAACAUUUCUCAGCGACAGGUUAACGGUUCAUUACUCGUCACACAAAACUAUCUCACUCAAAAACCGUAUAUCAGUUCAAAACGAGAAUUAGAUGUCUUUACUCAAGCCUGUCAGUAGGUGUAGCUAUGACAGUUUUAUUUCACUUGUUCAACAAGAAGCAGCUGCUAUUGUUUCGGGGCUAAGGGACUUUAUUGUUUCUUUUGAUUUCUCUAUUUUUCGCUAAAAGGGCCGACAGGGCUAUGAGAAAGGCCCUACAUGAGAUACAGCGUCUGAUCGACAUUAAUAAGUCUACAUAUUUUGAAAUAAGUACACCCAAAGACAUAAAGCUUCGAAAGUCACAACGUUCUAUCUUUUGCCUUAUAGGCCUUUUCCGAUAAUCAGAUAGUGGGGAGCACGUUGAAUCGUACGGGGCGAGCGUUAGGGAAAACGAGGGAAAAGCAAUAAAAGACAGGGGCGAGCGAGAGAAUCCCUACCCUUUCCCCCAGUCUUCCCUCUUUUUUUCCUCGGUCUAUAUUUAACCCGCGCCCUACUAUCUGAACGCUCAGAACAGGCUAAACAGAUGCUAACAGAGCAUUUAGACAGAAUACGUUUGUGCUUUUAAGCCAGUGUUUCUUUCCCUUAUUAACUUCCAAUUCAGGCAAAGGAGAGAGUUCUGUUCGUAUUCAACAAGCCCCUCCUUGCAGACGGUGGACCAUAUCAAGUAGAGUUUAAAGGAGAGAGCCACUGCUUUAGAGUGCCCGCAUUACUACUAAACAGCUGCACACUUCAGGCCCAUGCGCCAGGUAAGAGAGGAGCGCUGUUCAUCUAGUCUUGUUAUCGAUUUGCUGACUUUAUAUUAUACACUCCUUAUACAUGCCCAAUAAUCUCUUUUUAUUGGACUAGAUAGAACAUUGACCAUAACACACGUUCAGUUUAAUUUUGUUCCGCUGUCUGCUGAGUAUCUGUCUGUCUGUAGUCUCUUCGGGUUAGUAAAUAUUAGUCCUUAACUGCGGCAUAUUCGCGUACAGGCCAUUCGACUAUACGAAUACAAUGGUGAGAGCAUUACUUGUGAAUUCAAAAAAGGCGUUUGAAAGUGUUCUUGUGUUCAAGAUCGAAUGUUAUAGUUUAUAAGGAGAAGGAAAAACUGGAGCAUCCGGAAAGGAAUCUCUCUGAGAAGAGAAGACUGAACCCAGCACAACAAACACAACCCAAAUAUAGAAUCGAUGCCGGGACUCGAAUGCAGGCCACAUUGUUGUAAGUCGAGCUAGUGCUAGCCUGCGUAGCAAACGUUUCCGUGCGGUUUAGGAGCAACGAACGAGGAACGAGAGUCAAAGAUUGCGCGAAAAAUGGCGUAAGUAAAAGCGCUCCCCCACUUUCAUUUUUUGGCUCUUGUUUCAUUUCUCGCGCGACCAAAACCGAGAAUCCCGUUCCUCAUGCAGUCUUUCUUUGCUCCGAAACCAAACGGAAACGCUUGUUACGCAGGCUAAGCUAGUGCAACCCUCACCACCACGCCACUUCAUUUGCUCCUUGUAAUGACAGAAGAUUACCAUCGGGUUUAUCACAUAGUGGAUUUGACAUAAGCACCUUCAAUAGUUCUUGUUCAUUCCUUGCAGUGUACUAUCCACCUGAGAAAACCACUGUUACCCUAUAUGACAAAAAUAAACAUUACGAUCCUUUCAUCGCCGAAUGCUCCGUUGAAUUUGUCUCUCGGAGUAAAGUUCUUCAGGACUUGUUGGAAAAAGUGACAGAUCCUGAAGAGCUUUUGUGCAGUUCCUUCGGGAUUUCCACCGCUGAUAUAAAACAGUUUGACGAAGCCAUGGCUCAGAAAAUUAAACGGAAAUCACCACACGAUUUUCAUCUACUGGACGCUACAUUUCCAGAAAAAGUUAACGGUAUGUUUUAAAUAUUCGUAAGAGAAAAUCUGGCAUACCUAGCUUAAAAAACACAAAUUUUUGUCAAUGUACAACUGCCUACGUGCAAUACUGGUAAGAUGUAGUGAUAGUAUGAUUUUGUUAGAGACCACCGACCCCAUUUUGCAGUGAGUUCAUCAAUUGACCAAUGAGGUCAAUAGCCAGAGUUAACAACAUCAACUGACGUGAUACAACUCACUUUGACUCUGAAGACGACAACCGCACAGGUUGUCGAAACAUCAGUCACAGUCAACAACAACUUUGCUAUUCAGGACUACGUUCACCGAGACGAUCAUACUCAACCGACUUAUGAAAUGACUCCUGAGUUUAAACCUUUCACAAAAAUUAGACUGUUGCCAUUCAUAAUCUGGCGUGUUUAAAGAAUUGAUCCUCAUAUAAAAGCAAGAGAGAAUAACUCUCUUGUUCAUAGCUUAAGGCAACGAUAUUUUUGCUCCUUUAAAUUUAUUUUCCAUGAAUUGUCCUGUCAUUUUCACCAGAUCAAGCAGACAGCACCUAUCCCACAAUGAUACAUUUUGCAGCGGCCUAUGGUCUCACACAAACGAUAGCAGCGUUUGUCCAAUACUGUCCAACAGCAUCAAGAGCACUGGCGCUCAAGAACAAAGACGGCUUGCGUCCUAAAGAGAUAGCAGAAGAAAAUGGACACUCUGAGCUUUCAGAAGAACUUCGAGAUUUUGAGGUAGUUUUACUUUUCAUUAACAUUAAGCGAUGGCAAGGUGGAAAAUUUUUGUUCUGCAGGCCACGACUGACCUUGCAAUAUGACAGAUUUAUCAGGUGCAUAUUGUCUUAAACAUGUUGGUUAUUCAAUGAAAAAACUAAUCCGGCGUUAAAGAACAUGCGUGCAUUUUUGUAGACGUACUCGUUAUUAAUUUAUAGAACUGAAGGCCUGACGUUUUAGCACAGCAAUUCUUUUGUGCUUAUUAAUUAGAUCUAUCUCAUUUCACUCUACUAUACCUUUCUUUAUAAUAUUUAUCAAUUUGCUUACGUUUGACUGUAUUACUUUUCUCCGCAUAUUUUAGUCCAAAAAAAGAAACAAAGAUAGAAUCGAAUCGAAGGAUGAGACCUUAUGUAACGAUAUCGAGAAUGAAGAUCUAUAUAUGAGGAUGGACUCUACUGAUCUGACAAUUCAUGAAUCAGAGGAUGAGGAUUUUUACGACAGCGUUGAGAAAAAUAUAGAAAUCACCAAACACGGUAAUUGCCAACAUAGUCCUGUUCCAUCAUUCUCUUUUUUUUACAUUGUCCUGUGUUUUAUCUUGUUUUUGUAUAACGAAAACUUUAAGGAGAGAGCAUCGCAGUAUGACAAUUAAUAGCGGAGCACCAUGGUGAGAAAAUUUGGUAAUCUAUCCAUCCGAGAAAUUUUGGUAAUCACGUGACCAUACGUCCGCUCGUCCGUCCGUCGGUCAGCACCACACAGAAACCAAUGUGAAAUGUCACACUUUCUGGCUAGUGUGGAAGCCUGCAACCUGAUAUUGCACAUGUAUGAUAUGUUAAAUUGACAGCUGUCAAAGUUUACUAGUUUUUUUUUCACAAGUUUCAAUUGAUCGCAGCCUCAACUCCAAGUGAACUUCUUUGCAAAGGAUACAUGUUUAUCGUAUGAAGUAAAUUAUAUACUCAUCAAUGGAAGCUUCGCCCCAGCCUUUGCCAAUUGUAUACAUGAGCGGUAGAACCCUGGGCAGGACUGAAAGAGUAACCGGAUCAUUCUGAUCAUUCUAUUUCCGCCGAGAUAUCUAUAAAGAAGGUGAAAGUUUGCAGGGGUCUAACUAUUUUCCUUACUCUCCAAGCAUAAUUAAUUUAAAGAGAAAAGUGUAGGGGUAAUUCGGAAAGAUGCGACAUGGAUUUAAUUAGACAGGGGCUCUAAUGCCAAAACGGGAGCUGGGGUCUCGAGUCUGACAGUAAUUACCAGACAAUUAAAUCAUUUUAUGAAAUGAACCAGUUUUAGUGUCACAUAAAAUAUGAAAACUUUUAUUGGUUAUAGAGUUAUUAAGCUUUGAUUUUUGCAAUUACCCGCCAUUUUGUUUCUACUUUUAGAAACAUAUAAGCACAUUUCAAAAUUCUAUAUCUCCCAAAGCAAUUGAGCUUUUGAAAAAAAAAAUUCACAUUUGUUUCUAAGUCGUCAUGGAAUUUCAAAAUUUCCUAUUUAUUACGCCUUUAAAUGAAAUGAAAGUUUGCUGCCAAUCCUGUGACGUCAUUUUCCCGUCGAAAACCGUUAAAAUCGAAAAACAAAAAAACAUAGUUUGGAAUACAAAGAUUUUUCCUAAUUCAGCAAACUUGAAUCUCAAACGGAUAAAAACUGCAAAUAAAGUAGUUUCUAGGAGCGCGGUUCAGGAGUCAUUUUGUAGCCACCGUGAUAUAUCAUUCUUCUUUCAGAAAUACCUGUGACACCUGAAAUGUGGAAAGCAAUCUUCAUAGCAGAACAAGCUGUUAAUGAAAGCUGGCGAAAUCAUAAUCUCAGCGAAGAAACUGCAAAAACAUUUAGCCAGUUUAUUCAGAAGUGCGCUCGACAGGUAAAAGCUUACCUGAUAUGUGAAUCUGUGUAUCUUCUUCUUAUUAAAACAAAAAUAAUCAUUUUAAAGCUUAUGUUUUAACCUGCACCAUGAAUCAAUCAAGGUAGGAGUGGAGACAAUGAUACUAUCUAGACCCAAGACUCUGACCUGCGCACUCUGGUCUUUUCAAAUCCUGAAGCUGCCUUGCCGCAUAUGAGUUUAGCUGUAAUUACUGUUGCUUGGCCUUUUAGCCCUAAGUAUUUCAGUCAGGGUAGAGCCAUUAGGUCGAAGGUUCGACUGCCGUCUGCCGGAACUCAGUAUUUGCUCCAUGUAAGCCAAUCCAAGACAGUAUUGAUGAAUUGGACUGGAUUCCAGGCUGUGGAUUCCAGAUUCCAGGUACUGGAUUCCGGAUCCUUUGUCAGUGGAACUUGGAUUCCAGGUUUCAAUCCGUAGUGGGAUUCCGGGUUCCUUUGGCUGUAUUCCAGAUUCCAAAGCCCAGGGUUCCAGAUACCACAAGCAAAAAUUUCUCCUAAUCCGGAAACCGGAUUGCCUUACAUUGGGCGACGAGACAGCGUAAAAAGAUCAGGGUUUUUUUUUAGUUUUCCCCUCACGUGGCUCGACGAUCGUUUCGUCGUCUCAUUAGUUAUUGAUGUUUUGCAGAAUGGCGGAAAUUCUUCAACGAUCCUAGAUGAGACAUCUCGCCGCGAAUCAGCCCCUACUGUACCACCCAAGACAUACCCAAUGAACAAGAAGCGUCACUCCAUACACGACAUUCCUGACUCCGCUCCACCACUUCCUCCUAGAUCUCCGGUGUCUCCCAGGUCAUCGCUGUUUUUCAGUGGUAUGUUUAUUAUUAUUAUUUUUUUGUUUCAAAUUUUAUAAUUGACUGCAUUUUUUUUGGUCGCAAAUAUUAUCGUUAACCGGUACGGAUUUUUUAUUUUAUUUUUAUGACAUGCAUAGGACUGGUAAAUGAACGACGAGGCUCAGAUCCAAACGUAAGUUCUCCGCACACUUAUAAAGCGCUUUAGCCAUCCGAUCCUGGUAUUGUGGUCCGGGAGGUUGGAGGCCGGGUUGAAGACGUUUGUGUUUGUUCCAGCAUUUCCCCUUUCCUCAAAAACCAACAUUUUCCACAUUCCAAUUCGACCAUGAAUGGCAGACGAAACACCACUAUAUGGAUGUGCUACCUCUAAUUCAUUAGAGAGAGCUUUCGAUUCUAAGACGAGGACGACUACGAGAAGAAGAUUUUCUCAAUACUAAGUAAUGCGCGCGCGCGAACCAACGUAAUUUUGGCGGGAAAAUCUGGUAGCCGUCGUCAUUCUACUACGAGUUUUAGAGAGAAUGUCGUAAUGGCAAAAACAAGUUAUCAAAUGUUAGAAAUUUUAUGAUUUAGCGAUCGGGAGAAGACUUUUCCUCCUUUAACGGAAAUAAGUGUGCUAUCUUUUGUGGUGAAAAAAAGUACAAUGAGGCUUUCCAGAGUGUCUAUUUGUAGAGAAUAGGAGAGAAAUCUUAAAAUUAUAUGUUGUCCUCGUCCUAGGAUCUAAAGCUUUCUAUUUAACCUAUUUAUUUAUUUUUUAUUCAUUUUUUAAUGAUAUUUUGGAUUAUUUAUUUAUCUAUUAAUAGAUAAAUAAAUAAUCCAAAAUAUCAUUAAUAUUUACGUUUUAAAACGUUUGUUUGCUCUAAUCAGUGUGCUCUUUUCUCUUGCUUAGAUAUUUCACAGGAUGCAAUUUAAUUUUGAGUAAGUAGCUCACUCACUGAUACUCGUUCAUUUCAACUGCAAGUCUAGAGAAAGUGUUUUAUUUAUUAUUAAAAAAAUUCAUGAUCAACAGACAGAUUCGAUUACCCUGUCUCUGUUUAUUCAUAGUAACGCUGAAAUGACGUUAAAAUGUAUAAGAAUCGCAAAAAUAGCACUCAAUGUGUGGGUGUGACACUGGUUAUACUUAUUAAUUAAUGAGUCAAUCAAAGUAAAACAAAACGUCUGCCCAUGCAUCACACUCAGGUACUGUUAAUUGCAUUUGUUUGCCAUUCUUAUCUCUAACGGCUGUGAAGCAUGAAAUUUAUACUAAUACCGCAUUUUAUAAAGGAGGUAAAUAAUUAUAAACGAACAACAACAUUUUUUUUUUCACCUACACCACAGGAAUUCUUAUUUAAGCAAUAAGAAAGCAGUUUAAGGAAAACCCACCUAAUUCAAAUACUGAGCUAGUUUUUAUUGGCAAAUAAAUUUGGAAGACUGGCGUGAAUUUCACAAUGUCGAUAUAAAUCCGCCGAGUGCCGUUGUUUUAAUCGAUUCAUUCUUUCUUUUGGGGAUUUGCAGUACGGUUUCCGAAGAAGGCCCGGACAAACCACCUGAACCGCCAGCAAGAUCAAGAAGUCCUUUCUUUCCUAGAGGUACAGUGAAGUGUAUACGGUUAUCAUACAAUGUGACGCACAUUUUGCCUCAUUUUGAUGUGUUAAACAGACAUAUGUCGUAGUUUGUAAAGAGAUCUAGAAUAUCUGUAAGAGGAAAAGUCAUGAAAACAUGGAAUAAUCACCUCUUUUUCAAUCCAUUUUUAUGAACAAUAAUCAAGCAACUACUUUACUUCUAGCCUGCUUCGCAGACGUAAUUUAACCUCUAUUAGUACCAGGGACACCCAACGACGGUAUCCUCCAAAAUACAUUAAAAACACUAUUUAGGCCCUCCAGAGUACACUCUUAGAUCUCUAGAAAUGCAUUCUAAGCGGUGCCAUAAAAUUUGUAUCUGUUCGGUCAUCCAAGCCGGAAACUUGAGUCUUUUCGAAAUUACAAAUGGUUUGAGUAUUAUUUUCCCUAAAAUUUUAGAUGCAAUUUGAAGUUUUACGAAAGUGAGGCAUUUUUUGAUUUCUCUCUCCAUUGCAUUUUUGAGUCUGAAAACUUUAGGUUUCCUUUCCUCUACGAAAAAUAGCCUAACUUAUGAUGCGAAAUGUGAAAAUUAAACUUCAGAAAAUCGUAGGGAAUUUAUUAGAUAAGCUUCGAAAAUUGUACAUGAGUGGAAUGUUCAUCUAGAAAUUUUUAGCGGUCCUCAAGUAAUAGAAAAUUCUAGGCAUAUUUUCUUCUCCGAACAGCUACUUCACAGAAAGCAGUAGUUAGGUGCCCCUAAGUAUAAAAACGUCUGCGAAGCAGUGCUGAGAUCCUUGUUCUGAACCUCCAACGGAUUCAACGAAUAACCGGAAGGGCGUUUCAAAUUUAUUUUUAUCCUGACUGGGAAAUCCACUAAGGCUUUUUUUAAAAGGCGAAUCAUGGCGCGUACUCAAAUCCUGAUUCAGAGGUGGGGAGACCAGAACACUGCACUGUUCUGCGCCGGGCGGACUUAACUAGAGUUUAGUUUCGUACACGGUUGUGCGCAGUCUACUACUUUUCUUAUAUAUUAAACCAAUUUUCCGUUUGCUAAGCAGGUAUGGAGAGUUCAUGGAGUGGUUCAGAUCCAAACGUAAGUUUGAACUUGAUUUUAUAAUGUUAGUCUAAGCUGACUAUGGGUUUAUUACAGUCUUAUAGCAGUGUUCACUGAGGGAGAUGAGACUGGCAAUCAAUGGCUGAAUGGUGCCACCAUAUCCUUUAAUGGGCUGAUUUAGCAACAGAACCGGAACGUCAGUUGACGACGGCGCGCGCAAAUCAAACAACUGCCUUGACCAAUGGCAGAGUGGCAAAUUGGGCACCGGAAGUCGAGUUUAGUCCUUUCCGCGCGCUUUCCCCGUCGUCAAAUGACGUUCCCGUUCUGUUGCUAAAACAGCCCAAUUUCAGUUAGUGUAGGUUGUGUGCGAGCGUGUUAUAUUAUAUAGAACAUAUUAUUCAAAUAUGCGUGAGCUCUCUUUUAUUAUUUUUUGACGUGUGUUAUUAUUUAACUAACGUGUGUAUUUAGUUCGUUAUUUAAUGCAUGAAAGUGAUGUUACACGGGAUGAUUCGCAACGAAGAUUUUUAGCGCAACACAGCGUUGCAACAUUGUUGCGUUGAGUUGUUUCAGUCUUCAAUAUACACUUAGUAUGAGAGGAAAAAUAUAAAAAUAUAAUAAUUACUUUAUUAUUAUUCGCCAUUUUAAUAAUUACAACGUAAGCAAACACGAUAAUUGUAAAAAAAGAAAAAACAAAAACAAAAACAAACAAUAGAAUGAUUAUUACCUAUUUGAAUUAUUCUCUUUAUGUAGAUUUCUUUGAGGAGACCUCACUUUGAUGAGUAAGUAUGCUUAUUCCUGGCUUAACAGGUGCGGAUCUAGGAUAAAUACUGACCCGGAUUUCCUAAAUGAGCGCCGAAGGCGCAAGCUUCUACCGGAAGGAGGAGGAAGGGGGGGGGGGAGGGGUGGUCUGAGAAGAAGCUUCCCCUGGAAUUUGUUUGGAUUUUAACUCCCUAAAGUCUUCUUUCCUGGGUUUCUGAGUCACUCCGACAGGAUAGACGAGGACAACUAAGAGUACGAGAUUUUCUCUUUACUAAGUAGUACUCUCGCGUGAACCAACGUCAUUUUGGUGGGAAAACGUAAUAGCCGUCGUCAUUCUGCUACGAGUUUUAGCGAUAAUGACGUAGUGGCGGGAACAAGUUUUCAAUUUUUAGAAGUUUAAUCAUUUUGCGACCGCGAGAGGGCUAAAUCGCCUCCAAUAAAAAAUAACCGCAGUAUUUUUUCAGGUGAAAAAUAGUACAGUGAAGCUUUACGGGUUGAAUAUUCUUCGAGAAAACGCGAAAAAACUUUGAGUUAAACCUCGUACUCGUAUAGUCGUCCUCGUCCUCAAGUCUAAAGCUCUCUAAUCUUCCCUAGAUAGAUCUGCCUGUGGCCGGGUAUUGAGCGUUUCCUGUCUUUAAUUUAUUGAUUCUUGUGUUAAUGCAUACGAUUGAAUUGAUUUCAACGAUGUAUAUUUUGUCUUUAUUGCAGUAAACGUGGUUCUUUUCAUGAAACAAAAAAGUCUUUGACGUUACCUCCAAAACCCAGUCAAGGUGAGUGUAAAUCUAACCAAUUUUUUGAAAACCAACGUAACGAAAUUAGCAGUCAUUUGAGUCAAAAGCUUCGAAAGUGCAGGCUUUUUGGGCGCGAUUUAAGCUCCAAAAUCUCACUAACUAAGGAAAAGGAAAGGAGAAAAAGAAAGAGCGAGGCGCGAGAAGGAAACGGACGAGACCAGAAAGAAGCAAUGGUUGCACUCUUAGUUUUUAUAAUGGCUACUUUGGAAAACUGUUGGACGCAAAAGGUCCAUUUGGCGGUAACGUUUUCAAAAAUCAGGCUAGAAAUUCGUUGUAGAUUCCCAGCCCCUUCAAGGGUACUGGUACAUGUACUUAUUGUAAAGAGAAUGAGAGCGGUCAUUAAUUUUGUGCCAAUUUAAAUUUCCCACAGUUAUGAAUGGAGCUAAGCGACAACCCGUCUCACCCAAUAACUUAAAUUGUCAAGACUCCAGUUCUCUCGAAGUCACGUCAGUGGGAUCUCCUAGGCUUCCACCAAGGAAACCGCGCCCAUUCCCUCGCCGCCAGCGAGCUGCAAGCUGUGAUCCUGCUAUACCAUCAUACUUUGAUUGUACCCAGCGUAAGUACGAGAACAAACAGAAACUGUACCUAGCCUUAUUCAAUUCUAUUUUACGAUUUUGUAUGAUCGAUUUUUCUACCUGUAGCUAUUCCUUGUCCUUUCAAACCUCGAGAGCCUAUGUUUUACUAAAAUGAUAUUAAACCAAACGUCAGUUUGGAAAGAAGUACGUAGCAAAAAAGAUUAAUUUAUUCAGUAUUAUUGAAUUUUGAUUUUCUUGUCCUGUUUUGUAGGUACGGUGAGCGUGCCCGAUGAAUAUGGAUAUGUGACUGUUAUGGAAAAGUAACUCAAAGACAACUGAAUACAAACUUUGUACGCAAGAGCUGCAUAUUUUUCAUGCAGAUGUAGGUAGAUUAUUCAUAUUCGCCGACCAGUUCUCUACUUCGCGCUUCGAUCUCAUAAGGAAUUCGAAGAUUAAGAAUCAUGAUCAAAGAAAGGCAAACAUCAGAUUUAAGUUCGCAAUUUUUAAAAUUAGGAAAUCAACAUAUAUUUAGAAAAAUCCUUGAACCUGAGAUGCAUAGGUGUAAAGAUCAGUAAACGCUAAGCAAAGGAACAACCUAGUCACGUAUUUCACUACUGACUUUCGCUGGUUCGUGCGAACGUGAUUCUAAAUCUAUUUUUUGCCGCGUUCUUUCCACUUUGCGCUGGCAAAGAGGAUUAAGUUGUACAAAGUUAUUCUUAUCGUUAAGUAUUGUGGACGAGAUCCCAUACCGAGUUCAUUCAUGUCAAAAAUAAGGUCCGUGGAAUGUAGCCUGCGUAGUUCCGUCGUGGGGGUGUCAGUGAAACGCGGGGUCGGGGUACGGGGCCGGGACCGAGGCCGUGGUCGGGAUCUAUCAUUAUUUAAAAAGAAUGCUGUUUUAGGGUUAGGUUUGGGUUAGAGUUAGUGUCGGAUGCAGUGGUUCAGCUGGCGGACGUGCACCGUUCGCGCCGCUGGCAUGAACUCCUAGGGGGGUCCGGGGGCAUG